AGGUUUCAGGUUUCAGUCUCUGGCUCUUGAUGUUGGGGCGGUAAAGAUUAGGCGAAAAGUGUCGAUGCAUCAACGAUAGAGGCAUUCUCAGGAUAUCCAAAGAGGGAAGUACAGCCUGGUAGCUGGCGGAACACAAAGCCUGAACAAUGGCGCUUAAACGGUGUCAUUCGCGAUUUAAACUGUUUGGUGUGAACCACCCUGAAAAGUGGUAUGACCUUUCUUUUAACCAAGACAAAGUUAGCAGCUCUGCGCCGACCAUUACCCCACUGACCUCGCCGGGUUUGACAGCAGACACAUCCCCGAGAGUCCGCUGUAUCAUCCCUGCACCUUUUAACAGCAGGACAAAACCUCAUGGACUGAAGCUCGUCCACCUUCCUGUAGUGACACACAUAUCCGCCAGAGGGCUGAGUACCUCCAUGAAAGCCUUCCAGUAUGAUCUGAAACCAGGUGGACCCAGGUCUGAGGGCGGGAAGCUGUUUUUUGAUACACAUGCGGUGGUACGACUCUUUGAGGAUAAUGGCUUCAGUACUCAGCAAGCUGAGGUGUUGGUUAAAAUACUGGUGAGAAUGACAAACUCUAACAUGGAGGUCAUCUAUAGUGACAUGGUUACCAAAGUGCAGCAGGAGAUCAUGUUGCAGCGUGUGAUGUCUCAAAUAGCAUCUGUAAAGAAGGACAUGAUCAUCCUUGAGAAGAGCGAGUUCUCCACUUUACUGGCAGAGAAUGAGAAACUCAAGAUCCAGUUGUUGCAGCUCAAGGUCCAACUGGCUGAUAUCAUGAAUAAAGUGCGCUCAGACAAUAUUUUGGACUUGAAUUUGGAAAAAAGCCGGGUAAAAGAAUUGAAAGCAGAGCAUGAGAAGAAGCUUCUAGAAACACGAAACGACAUCAUGGAAAUGACUGCAGAACAUGAUCGUUAUUUAACUCAGACCAACAUGAAGAUAGACACUGAAGUGGCUGGUUUGAAAACCAUGUUAGAGUCUCAUAAGCUGGAUACUAUAAAAUACCUUGCAGGGUCAGUGUUCACCUGUCUCACUGUGGUCUUGGGUUUCUAUCGUAUUUGGAUGUAAGCAGGGCUAUGAUUAUGAUGUUCAUAUAACCCCUGGUAACACCUGGUAGCACUUUGAACAUCCUCUGAAUCUAACAACAGUCAAAGACCAAACAUCUUUAAUGUUGGAAACUUUGCAUUUAUUGUUUUUAUAAAGAAAGACAUUUUGACUGUUAAAUGAUGUAACCCUCUCAGGACUGAUGCCAAUCAUUUUUUAGCUGCUAUCGUUAUUUUCUAGCUGCCACAAAUAUAGCUAAUAAAUGUACUUAUUAAAUGUUUUGGACAGUCCAGUUUUAUUCAGAUGGGAAUUUACUGUCCCCUAAAGAAACACUCAAUAUAAAAAUGUAUUUAUUUUGUAUGUGUAUAUUUGAAGCGGCAGAUACUGGAGAGAAGAUCAAAGGGGGGUCAGUGUGAUGCCACUAUAUUAUCACAGAUGUAACUUGUAUCUAUCGUUCUGCUUUGUUGUUUCCCAAAUGUUUUAACAGGAUUGAAUCACUGAUGUUAUUUUAAUAAAUUUAAUUGCGCACCAAUGUAAACUUUGUGCGAAACAAA